AUGGAUGAAUGUAUGAAUAUCAUGGGUUAUGAAAUCGGCAGACUCAAGAUGACCACUAAUUUAAAUCCGAUUCAUUUCCCAUUCAUUAGAUCUUACUUACGAGAAAUCAGAAAGUUUCCAGACAAAAUCACAAGAUCUUAUCUUUUGAAUUUAUUGCAUAAAAGAUGUAAAAGACCAUAUGGGAAUCAUCCGAAAAGAGUUCAAAGUAGAAUACUCAAAUCGAUUCAUUUUUUAGAAACUAUUAGAUUGAAAGUAGCAGCAGCUAAUUCUGGACAUUUAUUAAUGUUUGAAGAUUUACUUAAAGAAGCGUUUGCAAGAAAAGGAGAAAGAAGAGAAAAGUUUAUAAAUCCAUAUUUAAUACCAUCAGUUCAACAAAUUCCCAAAAGUUUAAGGUAUCCAGAAACCCGAUUUCCAAUUUAUCCACCUAUCUUAACCAAAUUAAUCACCAGUUCACAGUCUAAUCAGUUAAGAACGAUUCCAAGUCAAGUUGAUUUACAAUCCAUUUCACCUACUUCGAUCAUCACGACUGUAUGGUCAGAUUUACCAACCGAAUUCCAACCUGAUUUAACUCAUCUAGGUAAAUCUAAUGGGAUGGGCAUCAUGUGUUCUUCAAGACAAAUUAAUCAUCGAAACAAAUUGAAAAAGAAAUGGAUUGAUGGAUUGAUUGGGGCUCCUUUAGGAGUUAUUCAGGAUGAAAAGAUUCGAAAGGUUGAAACGUUUGAAGAAGUUUCUAAAAGGAUUCUGGAUGAGUUUGGAACUGACUUAUCGGUUGAAAUUUUGAAAGAAUCGUCCAAGAUGUUACAAGAGUUGAUUGCACAAUCGUCCAUCAAAGGAAACUCCGGUACACCUCGAUACUCUUUUUCAUCAAACCUAUCUUCAAAUCCAAAUCCAACUCCAAACCGAUUGAAUCCAAUCAGACCUAUCCCAAAUGAAAAUCGGAUUCCCAACAAAUUACCAACCUCACAUCCUUUUUCACCCACACCACUGAACCAUUCACACGAUCCGAUCGAAUCAUUAUUACCCAAAAGAUCAAGACUUCAACCGAAAGAAGACACUAUAAAUCUAAAGAACGGACCCAGAAGAUUGACCCAUAGAUUUAUUAGAAGAAGAUACCAAAGUGUUUUGAAUUUAGUUCCUUUGAUUACUAUUCCUGAUGAUCAUCAAAAUCGCAAAGUUGAAGGAAAAGGAAAGCUAAAAGGAAAGGAAAAGAAAGGGAAAGGAGAAAUUACAGGGAUUGGUAGAAGUUGGAUUACUCCUGGUAGUGCGAAUGGUAGGAAAGUUUCUGUUACGAGAGCUGGAGUUGGCUUGGGGUCUGGAAGGGUUGGGAUUCAUGGGAUGGAUCAUGAAGAUUUGAUUUGGUUAUGA